AUGCCCUGUGGUCAAAGUGGCGAAUCUCAAUCGCGAGCAUCCAAACGCCGGAAGAGCAUCUCUUCUUAUCGGGGAUCUUCCGCCUUCCUACCAGUGCGGACGCAUUUAGAGAGACUGCGUUUACCGCUGAACCGCAAGAAAGCAAGUGUCCUCUCCCUCUGUGAGAAAGAAUUACGUGCUAGGCACCUUGACGAAAGCCCAACAGAGGAGCAGGCUAAAAAUUCACAGAAAACGGGCCUUGAUUCAGAACAGAAGCGUUUCUCCAUCCCAGCUAACCAAUCGCCACUGAGAGGCGAUAUAGAAACCAAGGAUUAUUCACUCCACGAGAAUUCCAAAAAAUCAGAGCAGAACACAUUGACUGGCGGUUUCUAG